AUGUUGAACAAAGACCAACAGAAGGAUUCCCAGAAUCGGCAAGAUGAGGCUCGUUUGCUUGGUGCCAGAUAUCCUGACUCGAACGCUGUCAGGAUAAAGCCCGGAGCAUUUCAUUCUAGGAACAAGAAACCAGGGGUAAAUACUAGUCUUAACGUCCAUGACAAUGACAUCUCAUCUGAUCCUCGGUCACAGUCCAACUUCGCGUUCUCCCCCAAGGACAAACUUUCACAGAAUGCCCGAAGCAGCGGGCCGGUCCGUUCCUACGGAUCAAAUCAACAAAUUUCACGGAGGAAGUCGCACCACUUUGAGGAUGAUUUUGAAGAGUCGAGUCGGCCUACCAAGAUGCAGCGCCAAAGUGAAACCAGCGAAACCGUCGACCUUACGGCCCCAGCAAAUUCGGCCACGGAUCGGCUUGAACAGGACCCCACGCCCUUUGUGUCCCAACGAAAUUCAACACAUCGCAACCGACAUGAAGGUUUUAUGGAUGCAGAGACUGGCGUCAGAUUAGCGCAUAGCUCUAUUCACCCUCAACAUGGUCAAAUCUCUUCAGCUGGCUCUCGCGAUGAAAGAUUCACCGAGACAGCAGCGCAGCAACGGCGUGAUCAGGCGAGAUCUAAAGCUCCCCGGCUGUAUCAGCCCAAUGGCAGAGCAAGCCAGACUUCUGAGGCUAUUGUGAUUGGGAACAUUGAGGCCGGACCAAAGAGAGCUGGUCGGAACCGCACUGCAGUUCCUUCUGCGAGCAUUCAUCGUCCUGUCAACGGCAGGGAAAGUCCAGAUGAGCUUCAGGGCGGCAUCACCACACAUCAAGUACCGAGAUCUUUCUCAGGAACACAACUCCAGACCACUCGCCCAUCCAAACCAGGAAUUUACACGGAACCACCGACUCGAAAACGCUCCCCGUCCGAUGCCCGAACCCCGGAAUUUGCGCCGCCAUCACCAGCUACAAAGAAGCCCAAAGUCUCUCAAAAGAAUUCCGAUAAGAAACACCUAUCGCGAUACUUCCGAACCGGCUCCUUCGGCAAAUCUUGUAACAAGAUGGAAUAUGUUCCAAUCUAUUCUAACAUGGAAGGUCUUGAACUUCGUGAGGAUGUACUCGGCCAGGGCAACACGAUAUCUAUCCCAUUUCAACAAAUUCGUCAGAUCUUCAUCGGAGAGCCUCCCAGUAGGAAAGUGAGAAUCAAAAUGUUGCAAAGUUCCGUCCAAGCAGAUGACCAGCUCGACGUGGAGUUUUGGACUACUGAUGAAAAGCUCCAAUUUGUGGAAGUGUUGAAGCAAGGCAAUGACAACGCCCAUCGUCCUUCUAAAGAGAUGAAAUGGAUGGACAAGGCGUUUUUAAAAUACGAAAAGCAGUUCCCACAGGAAAACAAAUUGCCCAAGAAGCGGGUUCUUGAUGACCUGGUGGAAGAUCCUGGUCCUGCGCACUCUCCAACUCCCUCACGACGACCCAAACUUUCAAAAUCCUUGAGAGACGAUCAUGGUGAAGUCAACAAUGUGAACUUACGUGAGAUCAAACGUGUUGCUCAGGAAAAGGGAAAAUAUGGAAACGGCAUCACCGACUCUGGAACGUCUGCCAAAGAGCAACAAAAUUCACGACUUCUUAAUCCAGAUACUGAAGUUGAUAUUCGAUCUACCGCCAACCCACUGGAACGCGAGACCCGGUCCUCUGCCCGCUGUGUCGCUAGUAAGCCCGACUCGUCCAAUGGAGACAAUGCAUCGGAAGCCCACUCGAACUCACUUCUCAGAGAUGAUUCUUUCCUGCACAAAUGGAAGAAACCAUUGGUAUAUCCGCGAAAUGGAAAAAAGAAGGCUGAGGUUACCCUCGGCGAUCGUGAACGACUACUUCGAGACGACUUUCUGAACGAUAACCUGAUCGCCCUCUACAUGCGUUUCCUUCAGGACCACCUCGAACGCACCAACAAAGAGGCUGCCAAUCGAAUCUACUUUUUCAAUACCUACUUCUUUGCGACUCUCACCAACACCCCACGGGGUGAUCGUGGGAUCAACUACGGUGGUGUAGAGAAGUGGACUCGGAGCGUCGAUCUCUUCAGUUAUGAUUAUAUCGUCGUCCCUAUCAAUGAGAAUGCGCAUUGGUACGUUGCAAUCAUUUGCAACUUGCCAAGUUUGCCUCUUGGUUCCGUCGACGGCGUAGAACGGGUUCAAACACCGACUCUACAGAAAGAAUCAUCCAAUGCGUCUGAGAGUGAGAUCCAGGAAAUUGAAGAAACGCCCGAGCCGGAAACAAAGUCAAAUUCAGAGCCCAACGCUUCCAACAAAGCCAGACAACCUCGUGAUAUUCGAAAGGGGUCUGAAACCAGGAAAGACCUUGCUUCCCUCCAGCUUGAGGCGGAUGAGCAUGGGAUCCCGGAUAGGAAGAACUCAGAGCAGUCCACACCCGGCGAGAAUUCGCUUCCAUCCCCAAAUCUCUCCAAAUUCGCAGCCCAAAAGCUCGCCCAAGACCAGGCCGCAGCGUCCCUACCGACAAACAAAUCCAAGAAGAAGAGAACCGGAUUGAAGUUGGAUCCCAACCAAACAACGAUCAUCACGUUUGACUCCCUCGACAUGCCUCGCUCCCCCACCAUCAAAAUCCUACGCGAGUACAUCUGCCGCGAAGCGGUGUCUAAACGUGGCGUGGAACCCGACCCGACCGACGUCAAGGGCAUGCGAGCUCGUGACAUCCCUCUUCAGCCCAAUUUCUGGGACUGUGGGCUUUAUCUACUGGCCUACUUGGAGAAGUUUAUUCAAAGCCCUGAUUGGUUCAUCACGAAGGUACUACAGCGCAGUAUGAAUUCUAAUAAUGACUGGCCUCCACUAGGCUCUGGUCUCUUGCGAUACCGUCUUGGCAAGUUUCUGGACGAGCUGUAUGAGGAACAGCGGCAAGCCGAUGAGCCUGUUAUGGCAGCCAGACAACUCGUUUCAUUCCUGCUUGGUCCACCCCUUCCUUGUCAGGCGGAACAUGCGGAUGUCGAUGUGGUACCUGAGUCCCAGCACGAAACUGAUCGUCCAAAAGACCCUGCAAAGACUGCCUUUUCAAAGAUUGAAGACUCAAGUGGAGAUUCAACCGUGGACCAGAUGCAUCUCUUACCUACCGAAACCCUCCCGAAAUCACACAAAGCAACCUCCAACCCACCUACCGAUACGAAGCCGCAGACUCACCAUGUUGCUCCACCGAAGGAAGAACCCAUCAUCCAGGUACCCGGUAGCCAGGAAGAGCCCAAAGUGCCAGGCACGCCGCCCCCUACAAGAAAAGAACGAAGGAAACAAAGCCCCCAAGGCCCUUCGCGAAAGAGAUGA